AUGGACCCAAGCCGUGCAAAGACAACGCGAGCAAAGGGUCCGUCGGCCCGCCGGCUGACUCACCUGCUGACGAUUGGAAUGCUGGCACUCCAGCACACUGUUCCGCAAGCAGGCUUCCUGCAUGGCCUUGGCAGUGCGGCAGAGAUUCAGCCACAAAGGCACUUGGCUGCGCGCUGUCGAUCUGCAACUGGCGAUUCCCCGCAUUCCACGCGCCCAGAUGUCGUCCAGAGCACACGGGCUUGGCUACGGGAGUUCGUGGCAGGCGAGGGUCUUUGCCCGUGGGCACUGGCGUCUGAGGCGGUUAUCCUCCACAGCGGGCACGGCCCAGAUUCCUUGCAGCGAUGUGUGGCUGACGUCCUCAGUGCAGGCCGGCGCUUGCGGGCCUGGACGGAUGGGACGAAAGUGCCCACCACCCUCACCGUCUUCUCCCACGAGGACUUCUCGGGUCGGUCUGGGCUGAAGCAGUUCGGAAAGCUCUGGAGCGAGGUCGCCACGGCAGUGUCCAAGGAAGCACUGGAUCUGCUGGCCUUCCAUCCGCUUCGCGAAGACCAGGGGCCCGGCUGCCGCAGUAGUCCGCUAGAUCCAGGCCACUACACCACCCGCGCACCAUGGCCCACACUUCAGCUCCUUCGUAAGGAGGACCUGGAGCGAGCCCGGAAGGAGUGGAACGAGCGCAACAAGGAGUCGGGGCCAGGAGCGUACGGGCUCCUCCUCCGCAACAAGGCCCACCUCAGGGCCAUGGGCAAUGCGGAGCUUGCUGCGCGCUUUGCCAGCCUCCGUACUGGCGCAGACGAAGAGAAACGUUUCACUCCCACCGAAGUGUGGUUUCCCGAAGAUGAUGCGGAGGCCGCGAGGCGAGUGGUUGCCGUGUAUCAGGUCGCGGCGGGAACCAAGCAUUCCGUGGCGCUGACGACCACCGGCAGUGUCUUCACCUGGGGCCAUGGCGGCCAUGGGCGGCUUGGGCUGGGGCAGGCCAAGGUUCGUGGCCAGAAUUCCUACAGCGCAGAGUUCAGGCCAAGGCUGGUCACAGGCCUGCAGGGCGCAAAUGUCACCUACGUCGCCGCGGGUGAGGCCCACACCGCCGCCGUGGAUGAGCUUGGUGGCCUCUACACCUGGGGCCAGGGCGCUUUUGGGCGCUGCGGCCACGGAGUGGGCACCGACAUGCCAAGCCCCGCACGUGUCGAGAGCUUGUCCGGCGUCUCCAUGUCGCAGGUGGCACUGGGUUUGAUGCAUUCCGUGGCGAUGUCUGUCAAAGGGCAGCUCUACACGUGGGGGAAGGGCGCCGCCACUGGCUUCGAUGUUGGGGAAGUGAUCCCCACCCCACGGCAGGUGAAGCUCGAGUCACGUGAUCCCGUCUACCAGAUCGCUGCUGGACCCUUGCACACAGUGGUCCUCAUGCAGAAGGGCGACAUUCUUUGCUUUGGAUCUGGCACGGAGGGCCGCCUGCCCUUGAGGGACUACGAUGAAAGCCUCGUGGACUUUCCCUUGCCAACCAUCUUCAAGCCGCCAGAGUUGAAGUGGAAGGGCUGGGCGGCGGAGAAGUCGAUACAGGCCUCCCAGAGCCAAAACCGCGCAGCCUCCUGGUGGCCCUCCAGGAUGUGCUGCGGCUCUGGAAGCUCGGCGAUCCUGACAGGUACCGGAGAGGUGCCAGCGGGUGGCAUGCCCCACGAGAAUCUAUGGCUCUGGGGCACCAAAGAGAUCGCUGCUGUGGGCGACCGGACGGAUCUGGAAGCCAUGAUGGAAGAUGACGGGACCAUGCAGACGAUCGACAAGGGUGGAAACUGCUGGCUGCCGGUGCCUCUGAAGACUGGAGUCCGGAAUCGGACAGUCCGGAGCGUCGCCAUGGGCUACGAGCACUGCCUCAUCGUGACGGCAGACUCCCUGAUGUACUCCUGGGGCAAUGGCUCGAAAGGGCAGCUGGGCACUGGUUCUAUGAUGCCUGCCGACACCCCGCAGUUCAUCACUAGCCCAACCGACGUUCUCCACGUAGCGGCUGGAGAGGAGCACUCUGCCUGUCUCAUUGAAGGUGGUGCAUGCUUCACCUGGGGCCAUGCUGCCGGCGGCCGACUGGGCCUAGGCUCCUGCCUAAGCGACGGCGAGCAGCUCAUACCGAAGCGUGUGGUGAUUGCUGCCACGGAGCUCCGCGUCAUUCGCGGUGUGAACUGCGGGUCGCAGCAUUCCGCCCUCGUGACGCAGGAUGGCAAGCUCCUGACCUUCGGCACUGGCUGGUUCGGGAGACUUGGACACGGGGAUGUGAAGAACGAAUAUGUUCCGGCACUAGUGCCCAUGUCCAGCCACGUGAAGGAAGUCCACUGCGCCAUGUACCACACCUGCAUUGUUGACUCCAAGGAUCAGCUGUGGGUUUGCGGGAGGGACUCGUCUCUUUGCAGAGACGGUCAAAAACAUGUGCUGUCCCCGAUUCUCUUCGAGCCCUUUCAGCAAGAGGGAGAGGUCCGAUGUGUUCGCUCGCUUGCGGCUUGCGAGCAGCACACGCUCGUGGCAACUUAUCGCCAGGACAACCCAGAUGAUACCGAGCUCUGGGUUUGGGGUAAGAACGAUCGUGGCCAGCUAGGCUUGCCCAAUGCCUCGCCCGUCAUAGAUAUGUACUCCAAGGGACGAUUGCACAUUCCUGGCUACUUGUCAGUCUUUCCUGUUCCGAACGCCUUCGGACUUUCGUGUUCAGGAGAGUUUGGCCACAUCUCUCGCGACUGCCGGGCCCUCGGGAGGAAAUCUGCGGAGACUUCAAGCGAGGGCGGUGUGAUCGCGGAGAUUCAUGUCGCUUCCUCCAUGAAGGAGGCAGAAGCCGAUUGCUGA